AUGGAUAACAGGAAGUUCCUGCGAAUAGGGAAGAGCGUCGUGCAUGGGCGAACGGGGCCGCUGAGGGGGGACAUGGGGAAUGCGACGGAGGAGCAGGAGAUGGGGAAAGGCGCAGCAAGGGGUCGCAAUAGCGCCAGUAAUAGUGGCGCUAAUAGCGGCCAGGGCGCGAGUGGCAGGCCGGUCAGAGAAGCGGCGCAGGAUGAAAGCGCGCUGAACAGCCACUUCAACGCGCAGGAGGGCGAAAACAACAGCGGUGAUAUUUUCGAGCAGCUACUCCAGAGAGAACUUGCCAAGGGAGCCUUAGGCGGCGGAGUGGUGGGAAAAAACGUGAGUAAGAUGAAGGGAAGAAUGGGUGAAGAUAAGGACGAAGAGUUUGAAAAAGGAAAAAACAGUUCAAAUAGAGGAGCGUAUGACAAGAGAGAGAAUAUGACCAACAGCGCAAGUGUACAUGAUCAAACAGGUGGAAGUAAUGUAGGUGGUGGAGAAGACGACACAGAAGAUUUAGCAAAUGUCGACCUAACAGUACGAAUAAACAGCAGUCAGGUAAGAUUUCGAAUGCAUGGGUAUAAUGAAGUGAUUAAAUGUUUCACCAGUGAAGACAACACAAAAGAAAAAAUGGAAAUGGUUAAUCUGCUUUUUAAAGAUGAAGACAAAAUUGUUAAAUAUUUAGGAGACAAUAAUUUAAUAUGUCAAAUAAAGGCCGCCGAAAUGACCGCAGAGUAUAUUUGUGUACUGAAGGAAAUUCAUUUUUAUAAUUUCAAGGACAUGUACAAAAAUGAGGAGGAAUUAAUAAAUUCGUUUGUUAACGAUGUGAAGAAUAAAUUAUUUUCCAUAUUUUCAAAAAUUGAAAAAGUGCUAAUUGAGAAAAUUUUAACCAACGCCAAAUCUUUCGAUAGUGGUUACAAUAUCGUGAGCAAGACAAUUGAGUUUUGUUCAAGUGAUAAGAUAACCCUAAAUAUACUGUCCAUUCUGUGUGAACAUAUGCAUGGAAUAUAUUUGAAGGCAAAUAAAUCAGUAUCAAAUAUUAAGGGGGUUAAGAUUAAAGUUAUCUCAUCCAUUCUCCAAGUGCUACACAAAUUGCUCCAUAAUUUUGGAGCUGCCCUCAUAUGCGUAAAGACGCUAAACAAGUUUUGCUUCAAGUUUAACGAAAUGAUGGAUAAAAGUGUGAAGAGCAAUUUUUACCUCCUCUAUAUUGAAAUGCUUAGCCAGGUGAAAAAUGCAGAAUUUCAAAAUUGCAUUUUGAACGAGCUGAACAGCCAACAGAAGAACUACAUAACGAAGGAACUACAAAAGGAGGAAUACCAAAGAGGAACAGGGGCGAAGCGAUGGGUGAGUACUUACCUACUUAACCAGUAUAGCAAUGGAGAAGGUAGAAUGAGGGGAGAUGAAGAUGACAAUGUGAAUGACAACUCGUUUUCAAAUGGUAAUGUAAAUAACUUAAUUGAAGAGGCAGAUGUUUUUAAGGAAAUUUGUACAAAGCAGUGGGAAAAAAGAGUGUUGGAAGGAUGCAUCGAUAAGAAUGUCAACAGCGGCAACAACAACAACAGUAGUAAUAACUCGUUAAGCAAUGAAAACUUAUUGCCGUGGAAAAUCAAAGUGGAAGCUAUAAAUCUUUUAUACGAUAAAAUGAAGGCCAAGUGUGCAAUUAAGAAGACGCCAUAUAUCAGCACCAUUUUAAACAUAAUUAACAAGUUACUAAAAAAUGAAUCCGCUCUCCCCGUCGUUGUGUCCACCCUGAAAUUACUUCACGUGAUGAUAGAGAAAUUUGAAAAGGAGAUAUACACCACUGUCAAGUCCUUCUCUUUUGUCUUGUGUGCAAAAUUGAAGGACUCAAACAAGCAGGUAUCCAAUGCUUGCAUGGAAUGUUUGACUAAAGCGAUUUGCGUUUACAAUAUGGACAUUUUUAUCGACGAUUUAUCGAAGAACCUUAAGGAUAAAAAUAAUAACACUAGAAUGGUCACCCUCGAUUUUUUGCUCAAAGUUUUUGACCAUGUGGAUAGGAAAAACGUCGUCUCCAUUAUUGAGAUCACCAAACAUUUGCUCAACGACACUGUUGCGAAUAUUAAAAAUAUGACAUGCAAAAUGUACUCGCUCAUUUUGACGAGCUUUGGGGAAGAGGUACAUCCUUCCUUCUUUGCCUCUCUCCCCUCGAACAAGAAAAAGUCCAUUUUGGCUCUCUGCACGGGCAGUAUUGGGGGGAAGAGCAAAGUAGCGGGGGGUGUUGAUGCAGGAAAUAACAGUGUUGGAAAUGCGGUGGGUCGUCCACCCAACGGAGAAGACACAAUUGGUGGUAGUAGGACAACCGGGGGUGCUUCUACGCAAGGAGAUAAUGUCGAAUUGGUGUUACCCAAAAACGUCACAGCACAUUUGAAGUCGAAUAAUUACACAAUGAAAAUAGAAGCGAUACAAGAAUUGACCAAAUGGAUCAGCUCCGAAAUGAACAUGGUAAAUGUACACCUAGAAAAUUUACUAAACUUUAUAAAAAAAAAUUGCUACGAUUUUAAAGGAAAGUACAUCCAGUUGAAUAAUUCCAUAUAUGAUUUUUUUAAUCAGUUGGUAGAUCACUUGUACCAUUUUAAUAUUCACCAAGGGAACAAUCCCCACUUUGUUAAAGUUAUGAAUCUCCUCAUUCCACUUUACAUGGAGAAGACGAAGGACAAAAAGGACGCUGUCCUUUGUAACAAUUUCCUUCAAAAGUGUUUUCACUAUUUUGACGAUAACCUAAUUAUGGACAUUGUGAUAAAAAACAGUGAUGCAAAAAAUGCUAAAAAGUGCGAGGAGUGUAUAAAAAUUUUGCAGAAGAUAUUUCUCUCCAGGGGGACUACUAACGGUGGGGCGUCCACAGCGAACGGCUCCACUGCGAACGGCUCCUCCACGAACGGCACCUCCGCGAACAGUUCCUGCACCCCCAGUGUUAACGUAAAGAGUCUUAUCUUUUUCCUAAAAAAGUUCGUCGACUCGAAGAACACAAAUUUGAAAAAUUCCUCCAUCCUGCUGUUGCAACUAUUGAGUAGGAACUAUGGAAAUAAAUAUGUUCUGUCCCACUUGGAGGGCAUCUCGGAGACUGUUCGUCAAUCGGUUAAAUCGAAGGAGGACGUGGAGCGCUUCGUGCAAAGGCAGGGUCUGCAGUCCUCCGCCUCUUUGGUGCAACAUACGGGGGAUACUAACAAGGGUGCAGGGUCCCAUGUUAGCGGACAUCCGAGCGGCUGCAACACCAAAUGGGAAGAGGCCCACCAAGACGAACCCUCAUCUGGGGUCAACAACAACAACGUCGAAAUAGACUACACCAACACGUACCUGAAUUAUAAGAGCACGAAAAUAGUUCCGAAGAAAGGAGACGGGGAGGAGCAGUUCUCCGCUCAUAUGAAAAUAUCAAAUGAGCAGGAAAGGGGGAACGUGUCAAAUGGGCACGGCCAGGUAGAUUGCGACGAAGGGGAUGUCGAGGAAUAUGACGACCACGAUGACAAGCAGGAAGAGGAGGAGGAAGAAGAAAAAAUGGUGAACAUAAGUGACAUGGUUAAGCAGCACGUGAACCAUAUAAUGAGCGAAGGAAAUCAAUCAAAUUAUCACAUCACAAAAAUUAUUAACAUAAUUGAAAAGGUGGGCAAAUAUUAUAUUAACCCUAACAAGCUAGAAGUCCUUAUUAACAAGGACACCUUGCACAAAAUAUUGAAUAUAAAUAAGAGCAAAUGCGCGGAGCUCUUGUACGUUCUCAUGUUUUCCUUAAGAGAUAAUGUGUACCUAUUCGUUGAUCCCAUCCUGGACUGCAUCUUAAGAAUGAUUGACGACGCAGACAUUGGUAUUGAACAGAUCGAUAAGCUACUCUCGUGUAUGUGUAAGAACGUAGGAAUUUCUAAAUACAUUGGGCAUAUUAAUGGGUUCAUUAUGAGUGAGAAGUUGAAUAAUAUGCGGGAGGACGGCGGAGGGGGGAAUGUCUCCAUCCAUACUAGUGGUCAAUCGGGUGGCCGUAUGGAUAGCCAAGUGAAGCGACCCGCCAAGAGGAACAAGAUACAAAUUCUUAUCAACAACAUCAAUACGAACCAUAUUCUUCUUUUAAACGAAAAUGUGAUUAAGAAAAAGGUCCUGAGGUUCUACUUGGACCUCUUUUUGGAUGACCAUGAACAAGUCAGGCAAAAGGCUAGCAUAGUGCUAGAUCAUAUUUAUGCAAAAUACAAGGGAAAUAUUUUUUUAGAAAUUUAUGAAAAAUUAUCUCUUCAUAAGAAGGAAUGUCUUCAUGAUAUUAUAAAUCAAAUGAAAAUAUGCAAGGAGGACUUUUCCUUUUAUUCAAUUCUCAUUUCGAACAGUUCACAAAUGAAAAGAAUUUCAAACAGCGAACAUAAUCUGAGUGCCACAACUCCAACGAUGUCCAAGUCCAGGAGCAUUAAGAGGCUUAGUUCUAUUAACAAGAAUAAAAUGUUAAAAAUUGAAUUUCCGCCAUAUCACAAAAUAAAGGUGGACAACUUGAAAUGGGAGAAGCACCUGGACCAGGCACACACCAACUACCUCAUGAGGGAGUUCAAGCCGUUUAGCAGUUCGGAGCUGAUGCUGCACAUGUUUAGUGAUAAUGCGAAUAUGGUUAACAGGAGCAUCCUGUUUUUUAAGGACUACCUGAGCAAUAGCUCCAACCAGUCGACGUUUUUCUCCAAGUCAGGGUUCCUGGACCUGCUGCUCAAGUGGAUCUUCUACACACUGAAUGGUCACCAAAACAACAACGAGCUGCUUUGCGCCUGCAUAAAUUUGCUUCGGAUAAUUCUAAAAACGAUCGAAGACAAUUAUGUGUACCUGAAUGAGCAGGAGCUGGUCAUUUUGGUCAACUUCAUUUGGGACCGCAUGAACAGCGGGGCCACCUCCUCGGAGAUACGAAAAAAACUGAAGGAGAUUCUCCUCUGCCUGUGCUACAUCUCGGACCACAAGCUUUACUUUUCCCUCCUGUUGAAGAACCUUUCGUCGUGCAAUCAAAAGCGUAUAUGUGCCUCGCUGGACAUAAUUCUGAAGUUGAUAAUUUUGUACAAGGACAAAUGCCUGCAUGUUGAGAAGGACGUGAUGAAGAUUUUGCAGGUCUUCACAAUUCAUAGUAAAAAUAAAAACGUGACGAUGUACUGCUUGAAGAUUUUUGCCAACAUUCAGUCCUUCUGCCCCACCUUUUACAAGUGCAUUGACAACGAUGACAUCUCGACCUACAUAAAAAGGAAAGUGGAUGAAUUUGUUGAGAACUGUCCCGAUUACAAGAUUGCCCCGAAGGACACCGAGGACGACGAAAAUAACAGCUCCUACCAAAGCGACGACUCCGAAGGCGCCCCAAAGGAGAAGGAAAACCACGAAUUGGCGACCUACUUGAAGAACAAUGCAAGUAAGAGGAACUCCAUAAGGAAGGAAGUGGAAGGACACGUAAACGAGUUCCGCAAAAACGUGGAGGAAGUACUAGAGGUAAAAAAAAAAAUCGAAGAAAUCGAAAUGGACAGGACAAAUGAAGACUACAUGAACGACCAAAUAUCUUGCGUGAGCAUCACCAACAAUUUAAAAUUUGCAAUUGAGGGAAAUAGCUAUUCAAGGAAUAAAGAAAUUUUCCACAUUUUGGAAUCUAAGAAUAAUGAGAAGGUGCAGGGAUCAAACAGUUAUGAAAAUUCUCUGGUGUACUUUCGCUUCGUGUACUUGGCUUCUUUCCUGUACUCCAAUGAUGUGGAGACCAUUUCGAAGGUGUGCAAGCUGAUCGUGGACAACAUCGUGCAGGUCGGGAAGAAAAGCAAAAACGGGAAUUUUAUUUUAAAGGACAACGGAAACUACAUUUUUAAAAACUUCAAUUUGUUCAUAACCCUAAUCAAGGGGGCGAAUUACUCUCUGAGGUUCCUGUUCCAGAAAAGUUUUGCCAAGGACAUAAAUUCAUCCUUCAUUCAUUUUAAUGCGAUCCUGAGUAAUGUGUUGUUGGUAGACAUUUUAAUGAAGAAGAAAAGUUGCAUCUCAAGAUUGUCCUUCAAUCAUUUCUCCUUUUUUUUUAUAAACACAAUAGUAUGUUUGAGUAUAUACACCAAAGUUAUUCACACGAAUAAGUACAUUUAUUUUUUUAAGAAUGGGUCCAUCGCGAGAAGUCUUGUUACUAGCAUUCUUAACAAUCUGCUGGGGAGAGAAUUUCUCACAAGCCACUCGAAACUCCUCGAAUAUGUUUGUAACGUGUCCCUAAACCUAGGGUUUGACAUGAUGAAAAAUAAAAAAAUUCUUUUAGACGAUCUGAACGAUACGAGUGAAUUUUAUAUCUACACAAAUACAUACAUUAAAAUAUUAAACAAAAUUUAUAAAAAGAUUAUGAAUAAAAUUUGUGAGGAAGAUCAGAAGGACAAUCCUUUCGUGUAUAGGAUUUUGCACCUUUUAUUUUUAAGCUUGAACAGGUAUGACAUUUACUUGGGCAGGAUGCAAGGGGAUCGCAAGAGGAAGAGGAAAAUGGAAGGCGAAGAGAAUGAAGUCAUGGUAGGGGGAAGUGUUAACUCGGGGUCCUUUUACACCAAGAAGAUAUGCAACAGUGAGAGGCUCAGUGAGAGACUCAGCGAGGAUGCAACUGGUGGAGGGGGCAACGGAGUCCUCCUCCUCCCUGGGGAGAACUCAGACCAUUCCAUUUUUGAUUGUCGCGCGAUUUAUUAUGAAAACUUGGGUGCCGUUCACUCUGGUGGGAAUACCAUCGCCGGGGAUGGCAACGGUGGGGUGGCUACUGGAAACGGGGCAGUGGCUUCGAGCUGCCCCCUGGGGAAUAGUGACACCCUGAGUUGUGGCAACGGGUCCAGGGGAGGCUUCGGCGUGGUCAGGGGAAGUCUCGGAACGGGCAAAGUGAGCAACUCGGGAAGGGGCAGCAACACUCAGCUGCGAUCUAGCAACACGCAGCUACGAUCAAGCAAUACACAAUUGCGAUGUAGCAAUACACAGGUGCGAUUGAGCGGAACCAGCAAGACGGCGAGCAUCACGCAGGAGGUGGACAAUGAACCCAGUGUGGACGCGCCGAAUGGAGCAUGUAUCAACGCAAACGAGACCCCCUACUCGAGGGAAGAAAUAAACAAAGUACACGCAAGCAGAAUGGAUUUUAUGACCAAGUACCUUUUCUUCAUUCAACUAAUCUUUUAUGGAAUAAAAAAAAACAACCCGCUCAUUUUACUAGCUUAUAUAAAUCACGAAAUAAAAAAAAACUACUCACUGAACCUAACAUUCUACUACGAGAAAAUGGAGCUCCUGCUAAAUAAAGACGUUAGGAAUUGCGUACCAACGAUUAAUGUAAAUACAUCAGCAGAAUUUUAUGGACUCGAUUUUUCGUUUGAAAAAUUUUUACGUGAGAAUGAAAAUUUGCAAAAACUAGAAGAACCCAUUUUUAAUUCGUACAAAAAUGUCUUCAGUCAGUAUCCUAAUUUCGACUCUGAAAUUAUUUAUAACAAUUUUGACCUGUCCAUUGAUGAUGCAGUGCACAAGAAAAGAGAGUUUCUUGAAUCGUUGAAAAUGAUUAACCUGAAGGAAGUCACAUACAGCUCAAAUGAAUAUGAACAAUUGAAGGUAGCCAUUUUGAAUUACAUUAACGAUUUAGAGAAGACCGAGGUACAUGAUGAUAUUCAGAAUGUUGACCCUGUGUCGGAUUAUAAUUUCCUUUGUACCAUGUAUAGGAUUCCAAAGGAAGUGGAGCAGCAAUCUGCAGGUUGUGGUGGGGGGGAGGACCAGCCGGUAGCAGAUCAACUGGAAGAAAAUCAUCGAGCAGAUAAGCGGAGCGACACGAAUGUGAUUCACCGAGGAGAUGAUCAAAAGGGAGCCAAUUUGGUCAGCGAGGCGACGAAUGUUGCAGAGAGAACGGAUGGACACAAGACGGGGAAACCAGACCACAGGGAAGACAAGGAAGAAGAGGAAGAAGAUAAACACGGCCUGCGCAACGACCAGAUGCGUGGAAGGGGCAGCCAAAAUAACCUCCCCGAAAAGGAAAAGAAAGACGUGACAUUUAUUAGUCGCAGCAUUUAUGUGCGAAACGAAACCGUUGAAAAUAUUGACAUGAAUGAAUUGCGAUUCAAAUAUGAUUCUAAUAUGAGGGAGUCCAACUCAGGCAUGGUCAAUAAGGCAGAAAUGCAAAGCCACUCUGGGGAAAAGAAACAUCAUUCCACUUCUCUGUACGAUAAAAAGGACCCCCUAAAUAUUUUUAACAGUAGCAAAUUUGAAGCACAUAAAAAACGUGGAGGCGACCAGAAUGAAGAUCUCCUGAAGAUACACACAGAUCAUCAACGAAGGGGGUGCAGUGGAGCUAAGCAAAGCCACUUUUACUCCGACCCAAGUAAAUACCAAGCGGAGCAGAAACAAACAAAUAAUAGCCCUAAUAGUGGUCAUAACAAUAUACCGAAUGAAGGGGAUGCGAAAGGGAAUAAAACGGAUUAUCGUAUUAGCGUCUGCGCAGAGGAAGGGGAGAGUAAAGGAGGAAAACAUGUUGAUGGGGUGGAAAGCUUCCCUACGCAAAGGACGUCGAUGCGCGGGGAAUCAUGUGGGUCAGCGGCAAGACAAGGUUUUCCCCCUGGGUCCACCCCUCAGACGGUACAAGAUGGCCGACAUGGGAACAGCGCACAGGUGGUAAGUAAUACACAAAUCGGAGUUAACGACCUUACCAAGGAGGGGUCCCAUGCAGAUAUGAAGGGAAAAGCUAGAGGGGGAAGCACACUAAGAAGUAACACUCCACAGUACAACACUGAGCAUAAGUCAGGAACUCCACACACGGAAAACAUAGUUAGUGCAGAGGAGAAACCCCAGUGUGUACUCAAAAGGGGAAAGUCGAACGACGGGAAAUACAAGUGGACUGAAUACAGAGGGGGUAGUGUGAUUAGUGGAGACAGGCAAAAUGGGUCUUCGUCCUGCGUGGCAGAUGUCAGUGGCGGGGACCACGAGAAGAGACCCCUUACAAAGUCAAAAACGAACGUAAAGUAUUUGAUAAACAAGUAUGAAAGUCAGAGGGAUAUUGUGGGUGCAUCUCACAGCGUGAAACCUACGUUGAUUGCUGCGAGGAGCAAAAAUGCAGAGUCCUUGGCCAUGGGCAGCAACGCCAGUAGUAGUACCUUCAACAGUGGAGCAAACCAUCACUACAGGAGCAGAACGAAACGAGUGGAUAAUUCACUUAGUAAUACCAAGCUACCUUCCUUUCAAGUCGAUAAAAAAAAAAAAUAUCAUUAUGAAAGAAGCAUGAGUUCAUCAGUUGAUGUUAAGACGAAAGGAGGGGAUACACAAAACGCUGCUAACAACAUGAGGCAAAAUACUGUCAUAAGAAAUUCAGACGUUGGCAAAACUUUUUUGAAUAAGUCCUUGCUCAAUAAGGGAGAGAAAAGUGUUUUUCCUCAGGCAAGCCACAGUAACAGUGGUGUGAAUGCAGACUCGAAGAACCACGUCGCGCCCACGAGUCAUUCCAUGAAGAGAAAAAAUAACAUUGAACACCUGAACAAGUAA